GACUCAAAAAAGCAGCACACCCCACACACACUUCUUUCGCCUAAUGCAAAGCAACCUGAAAACGAUGUCACAAUACUAUGCCACCCUGAUUGCAGUAACGAUCUGCUUCACGCAGAUAAAAUUGAAAAAGAAUUAGUUAAAAACAACUUUAAAGUUGUAAAGGAUUAUGAGGGAGGAAAUGAACCAGGGCUGACAAUAAAGCCAGCGAAGUGGUACAUUUUGGUGGUAUCGAAAACAACAUUUAACUCGACUAAUCUAACUGCUUUCAAAUGUGCAGCGUGUUUAGACAACAGUAUAACAAAUGAUUCAGUUAGCGUUUUACCUGUUUUGGUUGGAGUUGAACCUUGCGAAAUCCCGGCAAUGAUUAGAUGGGUCACAAUGAUCAGUGUGACCGACCAUAAUUACCUUGAAGCCAUACUACAAAUUGUGAAAGGACAGCCUGUAAGGAUGCAAGACAAAAUACCCUGUGGAGAUGUUGCAACAGGUCUAGCGUGGGCAUGUUAUAUUAAUUACCUGUCAAUCACAAUGGAACCAGGUUUACGUGAUAGAAUUGUGAAACUGAUGAAAAGUAAAGAUGUCAUGUGUGACUGCAUUGAGAAGUUGUUUAUCAUAGUGCCGCUAUCUUGUAAAACAGAACCAAAGCUUGCAGAAAAGGCCAAUGAAACAAGUGAGACACCAGUAAUACAGUAUGUUGGAAAAAGUGAAGUGGUGGAAAAGGAGUUGGCCGGUCAGCAUCGUACAUUUUAUAUUCACAUGUAUAAAUAUACCGACCCAGAAACUGAAAAUAGUGUGUGCUUUAUGAGUGAAUAUUGUGCGGCAAUCAAUAAUAUCAAAGAAAUGGGCAAUCUUCCAUUUUCUGGAAUAACAAGGGAGGACAUGAGCAGACAGUGUGAAAAGUUUGUAGAAGUAAUGGAAGAUAUUAUGAAUAGAAAGGCAGUGAAGGAUAAACUCGGAGACAUCAGCAAACUUGUUCACUUUGUUUUCUAUGACGAUUCGAAACAGACAUUGAUUGAAGCUAUAAAGGAACAGAUCAUUGGGGGAGAUUACAAUAUGAUUUGCAGAAAAGAUCAUUAUCAUUAUUUUCUACUUAACGUUACCGUAGAAGAAGGCAGAGAGGAAGAAGUUGACAGUAAUACCAAGGUUAAAGAUUCAUUGGUUGGGGACCAGGUUAGUGCAAGAAGCUCUUCCUCCAAAGAAAAAACCAUGAGCAGGGAGAAGAGACGGGGUAUUUGUAGCACUGAAGAUGUUCAGAAGGGGCGCUUCUUGGAAAUUGAGGAGGAAAAGCUGGCCUUGGCAAGGGAGACCUUGGAAUUAAAGAAAAGAAAAGUCCAGCUUCUGGAGGAGAGUGUUUCUUUCCAGAAGAGAACUGCAGAAGCUGUAGAGUCAAUGCUGCAUAUUUUGCGUGAUAAACAAAUUGAAAGCUUAUUAAGUAAUACUCUUCUUGAAUGUUAG